UCUCCACAGGCAUCUGGAUCUUUCAGAAAGCACAGCAUCUGUGCGUAGUGCUUGCCCGACUUACCAUCCCAUCAGCAAAACACCGAGUAUUCCCUUCUCCGUAGUUCAGUAGUAUCUAGUCUCUCACCCGAAGACGUGAUUGAAGACUUGGCGGGCAUCACGCGGUACCGCUCUCAUGAAUAGGCCCAUUUGAAAAGAAUUCCUCGUAUUUACUUAACUCCUAAAGCCCGGUUUUUGUUCCUUCUUUCAAUUUAUACUAAACAUCUUUUGGAAUGCGUCUGUGCUAGAACGCUUUGGAUGCGGUUAGUGGUUUGUGUACUUUUUGUGUUUGUUGUAAAAUGUGGAUUUUAAGGACUAUUUGGUUUUUGGUGUUAGUUUGUUGGGGUUUGGGACAGCAGACUCCUGCUAUCGGACACGGUGGUGCACCUUGUUAUGAUGCAUUUAACAGACCGCAGAGGUGCAUCCCAGAAUUCGAAAAUGCAGCUUUUAAUGUCCUGAUGGAAGCCACUAACACUUGCGGCCAAAAUGGUGACAAUGAGUAUUGUGUACAAACUGGUGUAAAUGGAAUUAGGAAAUCAUGUGAAAUUUGUCAUCCAGGUGAACAUGAUGCCAUCUACCUCACUGACUUUAUCCACCAAGACAAUCCCACUUGGUGGCAAUCUGAAACUAUGUACGAGGGCAUCCAGUGGCCUAACCAAGUCAAUUUGACGCUUAAUUUUGAUAAAGCUUUCGAUAUUACUUACGUCCGUUUACUUUUUUCGUCACCCAGGCCAGAAAGUUUUUACAUUUCGAAAAAGUUAACCAAAGAUUCUCCAUGGAUACCAUUUCAGUAUUAUAGUGCCACCUGUCGAGAUACCUACGGUCUACCUGACAUGACGCACACGACGAGGGGCGAGGAGACGAGGGCCCUUUGUACAUCAGAGUAUUCCGACAUUUCACCUCUUCAAGGUGGCAAUGUGGCUUUUGGGACUUUAGAAGGACGACCGUCGGCUUAUAAUUUCGAUACCAGUCCCGAACUGCAGGAAUGGGUAACUGCUACAGAAAUAAUGAUCACCCUGGACCGUCUGAACACUUUUGGUGACGAAGUCUUCGGAGACUAUCAAGUCUUAAAGUCCUAUUUUUAUGCUGUCAUGGAUGUUGCAGUCGGUGCAAGAUGUAAGUGCAAUGGGCACGCUUCCGAAUGUAUAACUUCCACGGGAUUGGAUAGGUCCAGAAGAAGAGUUUGCAAGUGUGAGCAUAACACCGCUGGUCCAGAUUGUAAUGAAUGCUUACCAUUUUACAACGAUGCUCCUUGGGGAAGAGCUAGUGCACAGAAUUCGCACGAGUGCAAACAAUGUAACUGCAACGGAUACUCCAAUCGCUGUUUCUUUGAUCAAAAACUCUAUGAACAAACUGGACAUGGAGGUCAUUGCCUGGACUGCGCUGCUAAUCGCGAUGGACCCAACUGCGAAAGAUGCAGAGAAAACUUCUAUAUGAGAGAAGAUGGCUAUUGCAUUCAAUGUCAAUGCAAUCCAACUGGUUCAAGAAGUCUACAGUGCAAUGUUGAGGGUAAAUGCCAAUGUAAACCCGGAGUUACAGGAGAAAAAUGUGACAGAUGUGAGCAAAACUUUUACGAUUUUUCAUCAUUCGGAUGUAAAUCAUGCGGCUGCUACCAACCAGGAUCGACUAACAACGAAAAAAGAUGUGACCCCUACAAAGGCAUUUGCGAGUGCAAGGAAAACGUGGAAGGCAAGCAGUGUAGCGAAUGCAAACCGGGUUUCUUCAACUUAGAUGAAGAAAACUACUUCGGUUGCACCCCUUGUUUCUGUUAUGGACAUUCAGCCCAAUGUAGUUCUGCCACAAAAUUCUCAAGAUACGUCCUUGAUUCGUCAUUCUUCAAAGGCGUUGAAAGAUGGAGCGCUGAAGAUGAGUAUCAAAGAAGAGUUGAAGUUAAAUAUGAGCCCAUUAGUCAAAGUAUCGGAGUUCAAUCAUCAGGUGAUGAAGCUGUUUAUUUCGUGGCUCCUAGUAGGUUUCUGGGUGACCAAAGAGUUUCUUAUAAUCAAUUGUUGGAGUUUACUUUGAGGAUAGGUGAUAAUCGACCUAUACCAACAGCUACAGAUAUCAUAUUAGAAGGUGGAGGAGCUUCUGUUACAAAUACCAUAUUCGCACAAAAGAAUAGAAUACCUAGUAUGCAGAGUCAAGUGUAUAAGUUCCGAUUACACGAGCAUCCAGAUUAUGGUUGGCAACCAAGACUUAAUGAAAAACAAUUUAUUUCUAUACUCACGAACCUAUCAGCGAUUAAAAUAAAGGGUACAUACGCUCCAGAAGGUAUUGGCUUUCUUGAUGAAGUGAAGUUGGAAUCUGCUUCCAGAGGAGUGGCUGGUAAACCAGCUCUUUGGGUAGAGUCAUGCGCUUGUCCAGCAGGUUAUGUUGGACAGUUCUGCGAGUCUUGUGCUCCAGGAUUUAGACACUCUCCAGCUUUGGGAGGUCCAUUUAUGCCUUGUGUACCCUGUGAUUGUAAUAACCAUGCUGAAAUUUGUGACUCUGAAACAGGAAGAUGUAUUUGCGCUGACAAUACUGCUGGAGAAAAUUGCGACUUAUGUGCUAGAGGCUAUUAUGGAAAUGCUUUAGGAGGUACUCCGGAUGAUUGUAAACCUUGCGGUUGUCCUGAAGGUGGCGCUUGCAUUCAAAUCGAUGACGAUAUGACCAUGUGUACUGAGUGUCCGACAGGUUAUACUGGUCAUAAAUGCGAUGUUUGUUCUGAUGGAUAUUUCGGAGAUCCGUAUGGCAGAAAUGGUGAUCGAAUUCCUUGUCGAGAAUGCGAGUGUAAUAAGAAUAUCGAUACAAAUGCUAUUGGUAACUGCAAUACAACCACUGGAGAGUGUCUUAGAUGUAUUUAUAAUACAGGAGGAGAUCUGUGUCAAAAAUGUCUACCAGGAUUCUAUGGAAAUGCUGUGGUGCUUCCAAAAGGUGAUUGUAAAGCAUGUACGUGUUACUCAGUUGGUACUGAAGCUGAGAAGAUGGGAGCACCUGAUUGUGACCAAACUACUGGCAAAUGUAACUGCAAACCUCAUGUCGUUGGUACAAAUUGUGAUCGCUGCGAAGAUGGUUACUAUAAUAUAAUGAGCGGUGAAGGAUGCCAUGCUUGUAACUGUGACAGUACUGGUUCAUUUAACCAGACUUGCGAUCUGCUGACAGGGCAGUGUUAUUGUAGACCAGGAGUAACAGGAUUGAGAUGUGAUCAUUGUGAGGCCAGAAAGUACGGCUUCUCAGAGGAUGGUUGCAAAGAUUGUGACUGUGAUGGUAUAGGUUCCAAAGACCUCCAAUGUGAUCCUUCUGGCCAGUGUCCAUGUUUAGAUAAUGUAGAAGGUAGACGUUGCGACAGAUGCAAAGAAAAUAAGUUUGACAGAAAAAGAGGUUGUGUCGAUUGUCCAGAUUGUUACAAUUUGGUACAAGAAGCUUACAGAACUCACAAUAAUAAAUUAGAAAGACUUAAUGACAUACUUGAUGAAAUAGAACGAAGGCCCACUGUAAUAGCAGAUGAUGAGUUUCCUAAAGAGCUUGAUAAACUAAAACAAAAUAUCAGUAAUUUUUACGAUAACGUUAAAAAUGCAACUGGAGAUCAUAGUGUUAUUCACCAAGUUGGUGAUAUUAGAGAAAGAGAAAAAGAUAUUUCCCGUACACUAUCGCAAAUUGACGAAAAUAUAUUCUUAAUUAAAGAGAGAAGCCAUAUAACAGAAAUGAAUAUUGAUCAUAUAGAAACAAACUUGGAUGAAGCAGAGUUGCGUUUAGCUGAUAGUAAGGGUACAUUUGAAACUCAAGCUAAAGAGGCAUUAGAUCACGCUAUAGAGAGUUCUAAAAAAGCUGGACAACAAUCAGAAAAAAUGACGAAGAUUGCACAAGACGCCCGUGAAUUAGCAGACGAAUUAGAUAAUAAAGCUGGAAUAAUAGCAGAUAAGGCAAUCGAUGCUAAAAACAAAUCGAUACAGGCAUAUAAUAUAGCCAAAAAUGCAACUUCUAAUCAGUCAGAUAUUGGGGAUAAAGCUAGGGCACUCAAACAUGAAAUUGUAGAUAUUGAAAAUAAAUUGAACCGUACUAUAGAAUGGACAAAAGAAGUUGCAAAUAAAUCAGCAACAGCUAAAAGUGAUGCCACUACAUUGCUUAACGAGGUUAAAAAUUUAGAAGUACCUCAAAUUGACAUUCCACAAUUAAAAAUGCGAUCUGAUAAACUUCGCAGUGACGCUUUUAAGUUAGGCAAUGAAACAGAAAACCUGUUCAAAGGUAGUGCAGAUUUGAGAAAGAAGGUUGAUGAAAAAAAUGCAGAUGGUAGAGCGUUACUAGAAGGAGCUUAUGAUCAACAAAAUGAAAUUGAUGAAUUGCUUAACGACAUUCACGCUACUAAAGAAAGGACUGACAAUUCUAUAGAUCGCUGGAAGAAGAUUUUGAAUGAUACAGAAAGCAUUUACAAUGAUCUAAAAGAUUUUGAUACAGAAACAAUGAAAAGCAAAAAAGAGGCAUACGAAGCCCUCCAGACAAUCAAAGAUAUUGAAGCUAUUAUUAAAGAUACCAUAUCUAAAACAGUCGAGGCGCAACAAUCUUUGAAAGACGCUACUGAUAACGCAAACUCAGCUUUAGAGAAAGCUCUGCAAGCUGAUACUUUGGCAACAAAUGCAUCUACAGUAGCUGAAAAAAUAAAAGAGGAAGCAGGUACGCUGAUGAGAAAUACUACAAGGUUAUCUGAAGAUGCCGAGCUCAUUAUUGAAAAAGUUGCCGAAGUCGAUCAACAACUUGAUGGUUAUAUUACUGAUACAAGAACCAAUGGAAGUGUUAUUGAAGAAGCAAAAAAUAAAGUGGGUAAUGCUGGAAAGGAGACAGGUGAAACAGCUAAAAAAGUUAAAGACUUGCUAGAGGACGUCGAAGAUAUUAUUACUGAAUUACAGAAUUCGCCAAAUAUUGAUGAUAGCGAGAUACAAAGACUGGAAGAAGCUAUUAGGGACACAGAACAGCAAAUUCAAGAAUCUCAACUUGACGAAAAGCUAUCUAAUCUUCAAAAAGACCACGCUGCUCAAGCAAAUUUAGUGGACCAGUACAAAAUUGAUAUAACGAAAUUACAAUCCGAUGUUGAUAAUAUCGAAGCAAUAGUUAAUGCUUUACCGGAGGGAUGCUUUAGAAGAUUGGAACUAGAACCUUAAAAUUAAAAAAAAAAUACUAUUAUUAUACCAAAGAGCAAGUUCUUAUUUUUAUAUUUAUUUUGUAAUUAAGGGUGUACAUAAGAACCAAUGUUAAAAAAGGAAUGUUCCAAUUUAAAACAACUACCUAGAAAGAUAAUUUUUUAAUUUAAAUAAACAUUCUAAUAUAAAAAUAUUCCUAGUUUGUUAUGAAGUUUUAUUUUAUAGUAGGGGAGGAUAGGGCAGAUUUGGACACUUUUCAAUAGCAAAUAUUUUCCCAAUUUUCAAAUAUUUAGGACUUAUGAAUGCACUGAGCGACAGCUAUAUAAAGGGUGAUCCAAUUUCAGUUUCCUAAAUUGGCACUACUGUAAAUCAGACAGUUGAAAAUAUGCAUUUGUUUUUGUACCGUCAAAAGUUAGUUUGUAGUAACACAUUUACGAAACUGAUCGCUUAACGACCGCUCAGCGCAUGCAAAUUGUACGAUUGUUUUAUCAAAACAACAAUUCUAUAAGAACCGUAUACAGAUGUUUACGUGCAGAUUAUUAUCAAUGUAAUCGUCCUACGGAGCGAACUAUUCGAAAUGUCAAAAAAUUUGAAGAUACUGGAAGUGUUGCAGAUAUGAGAAGGUUUGUGAAUCAUCGUCGUGCACGUUCAUCUGAAAAUAUUGCUGCAGUUAAUGAAAGCCUGGCUGCCAAUCCAAGAAUGUCGAUUCGCCGGCGCUCGCAAGUUUUAGGCUUUUCUUAUGGCUCCCUUUGAUGCAUUUUGCAUCGGGAUUUGCAUUUACACCCAUAUAAAAUUCAGAGAACACAAGAGCUGAAGCCUAGGGACCAUAACCAAUCAACUCGAAACGUUAGAUCAUCUGAAAAACAAUAUUCGCCAAGUUAUUGCUAACAUACCGCCCGAAAUGUUUGAAAAAGUCAUCGAAAAUUAUCUAAAAAGGAUCGACUCUUGCAGAAGGUCUAGGGGCGGCUAUUUAAAUGAUAUUAUUUUUCAUACUUAAUAAAAUACUUAAUAUUUUCUAUUACUAAAGUUAAAAUAUAAUUUUUUUUAAAUUUUUGAGUUUUAUUUCAUUCUAAGAUGGGAAAUUGGAUCACCCUUUACAACUUGAUCCUAAACAUUGCUAUCGAAAAUAUAAAUACAAGAAUACAAAGCAAACAAAAAAUAUUUCUAUAUGUAUGCAUUUGUCCAAUUGUGCCUUACCAUGGGGUAGAUUUAGACAGAGGUGCGGUACAUUGGGACGGACAAUAGUAUUUUUACUUUAUUUAAACCUUUGUGUAAAUAAUUUUAAACAACUGAACCUAUGAAUAUUUAUUUUUUAAGUUAACUAACAAAUAAACUUAGUAUUGGAUGUUAUAUUGAAAAAAUUAAACAUUGAAUUUUAUGUAAGAUGCUUCUCUGGACGUUUCUUUGUUUUCAGGAGGUUGAGGAAGUUUCGUCAAGAUGUCAGUCCUAGGUAUUGUGCUGAUAUAAUUUUAAAUAGGAUAGUAAAAUCCACAGUUUGGUUUGAAUCGUAAAAAUUUAACUAUUAGUUCAUUGUAAUGGUCGUCUAGCUCUUGUACUUGGCCCAUAAAGUGAAUAAUAGUUUUCUUUGUUGCAAAUUUUACCUACACAAAGUCGCCCACGGUAACAUCUUCAUCAUUUACAAGAUAAUUAAUGACCUCAUAUUCGUUUUGUAAAUCUAAGUCAGAAUCUGAGCUAUAAUAAUUAGACCAUUCGUUUUGACAUUAGAAGUUGUUGCUUCCAUAUCAGAAUUUGACGAG